AAAACUUGCGUGGAACAAACAUGUAGAGCCGCUGAGGAAUUCAUCAAUAUUUACUAUGAGACAAUGGACAAAAGAAGACAUGCAAUUGUCAGGAUGUAUUUGGACAAGGCCACCCUAAUUUGGAAUGGAAAUGUUGUUACAGGGCACGAAGCCCUUUCUAAGUUUUUUGAGACGUUGCCUUCCAGUGAGUUCCUAAUCAAUAUGCUGGACUGCCAACCAGUGCAUGAGCAAGCUACCCAGUCUCAGACUACAAUUCUUGUUGUGACCAGCGGAGCCGUGAAGUUUGAUGGAAACAGAAAACACUUCUUCAACCAGAACUUUCUUCUUACUGCACAUAGCACUACUAACAACACCGUGUGGAAGAUUGCAAGUGACUGCUUCCGUUUUCAGGAUUGGGCUAGUUGUUAA